AUGGCUAGUUCGUCACAACAAAAAUCCUCCACCACGAAAAAACAAGUCCCUGCGAAAGCCGACACCGAACCCGCGAUUGUAAGACUUCACAUCGUACCGUUGACACCGGAGACGACAGCGUCGUUAAUACCCGAAUCGGUGCUUGACAAAGCCACUAGACAGAGUCUGAGCUACCAUACUAUACAGACGUUCCCAGAGAACUCAUACGCAUUCAUUAAUCUGCCCAAGGACCAGGCAGAUAAAUUGAAGAAAAGACUCAACGGAUCUGUUUUCCGCGGUGUAAAGGUCCGCGUAGAAGAGGCUAGACCCGAAACUUGGGUGAAGCAUCCCGAGCCAGAAGGAAACAUGGAGGACGCCGAAAGCGCAAAGAGGGCAAGAAAGGAGGAGAAGAAAGAGAAGAGGAAGAGAAGUAAGGCUGAAGACGAACCAAAGGUAAAGAAAAGAAAGAAGGGCGAAGACGGCAUCCUCCAAGGAAUAGGACUCCCCGAAGGAAGGAAGGUACAACGUGGUUGGACAAAACCCGCUGUGCCUACAGGCGUCUCUGCAAAGUAUGCCGGCAAAGCAUCUUCGUCUGCAAAGAAGAUAGAGGACGAGUCUAAGCGCGAAUGUCUCUUCAAGACACCCCUCCCUCCCAACAAAGCCACGCCCAAAGACGAGAAAAAGAAGGAUAAGGAGGAGAAGAAAGAGAAGAAAGAUAAAAAAGAGAAGAAAGAUAAGAAAAAACGUAAGAGAGAGGUGGUCAUCAAAGAGUUUAAGAACAACACCAAAUUUCCCCAAUUUUUGAGGGUUAGCCAGCUCGAUAAAGACCAGGCCGCCGAGAAAAUGGCGAGCGAGUAUGUCGAAGGGGUCGGCUGGGUAAAUGCGAAGGGCGAUGUGGUAGAGGAAGAGAAGGCUAAGAAGAGAGCAGAUGGAAUCAUGCAAACAGAAGUCCAGGUACCGGAAUCUGCAGAUACGCCAAAGGGCGUGGAUGUCACAGAUGCAUCGGAAAGUGAUGACGAGGUCAUGGUUGAUGCAGCCACCAUGGUUCCUACUGAAGCCAAGGCGGGUAGCGAGGAUGAUUCCAGCUCGGAAUCUGAAUCAGAACCUCAAAUUCCUGUUUCAAAGGCCCCCUCAAAGAAAUCUCAAACCGCCGCCACCACGGAGUCCGACUCUUCGUCAUCUGAGUCUUCAAGUUCCGAAUCUGAUGAAGAGGAAGCUACUGAAAAGACAUCACCUAUCACCCCAGUCACCCCCGUCUCGCCAACCAAACCACUCCAGUCUUCUUCUACCACCUCACCCAAAACUACCGCUCCUGCCCUGCAAAUCACCAUUCCUACUGUCACAAACCCACCCAUCCAGGCAGUCCAUCCACUUGAAGCUCUCUACAAACCCACCACUAAAAAUACAACCUUACUCCAAGUCGGAGUUGCCCCCUCCCCCGCUUCCGCAACUACUGAAAGUUCGGCUUUUAAGUUCGGCUUUGGCGCCGAUUACGAUUCGGACGAAGAGGAGGAACCAGUUGUCCAGGCCCCCUUUCGUGAUCGCUACCGCUCCGCCGCGCCCACGCCAGACACGGCAAUUGGACAUCGCAAAUUCUUCCCAGAUGAAGAUGAUGGUAUGGGUCAUGGGGGAAAGCUUGGGUUCGUCCCGUCUACCCCGAGGAUUGUCGGAGGUUUCCCUGGUGGACAAGAUCUGCUCUCGGUGAAGAAGGAUGCCACACCUUAUACCCCCUCUACUGAGUCUCCGUUACUUUUCCCGCAUACCGAGAGUAGGUUUUUAGGCGCGUUGAGUGUGUGGUCAAAGAUACCAACUCCAAAGAUACUUACCGAGGCCGAGGAUGAGCCGGUCGAGGAAGAGGACGAAGGACAGCCCAAAAAGAAAGAUAGGAAGAAGAAGGCCAAGGCAGUAGAGGAGAUUGAAGAGGUGGCGCCAGGGGAUAAAACGAUGGCGGACGUCUGGAGCGAGAAGUUUUAUGAGAACAGGGGAGAAUGGAAUCGUGCGUGGAAGCAACGGAGAAGAGAGUCGAUAAAGCAAAAGAAGAAGAAAGAGGCCGCUGGGAACCUAAGUGUAAAGAGGAUUACUGCGUAA